UUCAUGUUCUCCAUAAACACACAAUUUCAUCAAAUGUCGGAGAACUAUAACUUAUAUUUGUCACUUAUAACUUGUGCUUUUUAAUUGUACGAGAACCUUUACUCACGUGGUCCACUCAUUUUUUAAUCUAAAAAAAAAAAUUCUCCCCAGAAUCCAGAAGUCCGUGAAUCAUCAUUAAAAACAUUUAAUGCAACCUAUGAAACUCAUUCCAUUCUCAUCAACCAUAACGCGUGAUUAUCCCACGUGACCUUCUGAACGACCUCUAAAUAGGCAACAUCGUCCCUUUGGCGGUGUCUCCAUUCGACAAUAUUCGAACUAAAUAUUACUAACGAUCAAAUAAAUCUUACGUCAAACCAGGACUCGUCAAGGAGAAGGGAACAGCCAUUGAGGGAGUGAAAUAAGUUGUGUGUCAUUAAAUCAAUCAGAAAUUAAUCUACAUUGAGAAAUGCUGUUGAGAGCUACCAGUCAGCUGCGCAAUGAUUUGGCUCGGGUGACAAUACGUAAUGCUGUAAAAACCAAUGUUAUCCGAUGCUUGACAACUCGUCGAUUCCACAGAAAGUCGCAGCCCAGAAGUCAGGGAUGCAAUUUUUUGAGAUCGACAUGCCCCUGGAGGCAACAGUUUCGAUUUUACGCGGAUUAUCCAGAUCAUGUGAAAGUCACUCUGCCUGCGCUAUCACCUACGAUGGAGACGGGGACGAUUAUCAGUUGGCAGAAGAAAGAAGGUGACAAACUGAAUGAGGGUGACCUUCUCGCUGAAAUUGAAACGGACAAAGCUACGAUGGGGUUCGAAACUCCAGAAGAAGGUUAUCUAGCUAAGAUUGUUGUACCAGCUGGGACUAAGAACAUCAGCAUUGGCUCUCUUGUUUGCAUUAUCGUGGAGCAACAGUCAGAUGUAGCGGUAUUUAAAGAUUUCAAAGAUGAUGGAACUGCUGUCUCACCUACACCUGCUGCUCCAGCUACAGCUGCUGCACCACCACCACCUCCACCAGCAGCACCAAGAGCUGCUUCUACCCCUGCGUUUCGAUUUUACGCGGAUUAUCCAGAUCAUGUGAAAGUCACUCUGCCUGCGCUAUCACCUACGAUGGAGACGGGGACGAUUAUCAGUUGGCAGAAGAAAGAAGGUGACAAACUGAAUGAGGGUGACCUUCUCGCUGAAAUUGAAACGGACAAAGCUACGAUGGGGUUCGAAACUCCAGAAGAAGGUUAUCUAGCUAAGAUUGUUGUACCAGCUGGGACUAAGAACAUCAGCAUUGGCUCUCUUGUUUGCAUUAUCGUGGAGCAACAGUCAGAUGUAGCGGUAUUUAAAGAUUUCAAAGAUGAUGGAACUGCUGUCUCACCUACACCUGCUGCUCCAGCUACAGCUGCUGCACCACCACCACCUCCACCAGCAGCACCAAGAGCUGCUUCUACCCCUGCGGUCGCCCCAUCAGUGCCUACUAGUGCUGGAGAUAGAAUUUUUGCAAGUCCCAUGGCAAAAAGAUUAGCUGCUGAAAGAGGAUUAAGCCUUCAGGGAUUGAAAGGAUCGGGACUGUUUGGGUCGAUAACUUCCAAAGACCUGGAUGGCGCAUCACCGGCAUCUGCUGGCUCACCUGGAAUUGCAUUUGCUGGAGGAGUUGAUAUUCCCGUAUCUAGCAUCCGUGGUGUUAUUGCAAAACGUUUAUUAGAGAGCAAGCAGACAAUCCCACAUUAUUACCUAUCAAUUGAUGUUAGAAUGGACUCUGCUCUAGCCAUAAGAGAACAAUUCAAUAAAAUGCUGGAGAAGGAGAAAGUCAAGUUGAGUGUCAAUGAUAUCAUCAUCAAAGCUAUUGCUAUGGCCUGUAAGAAGGUACCUGAGUGCAACAGUGCUUGGAUGGGAAACGUAAUUCGACAGUAUGAUAAUGUAGAUGUCAGUGUAGCUGUAAGUACGGACGCUGGCUUAAUUACACCAAUAGUCUUUGGAGCAGACUGGAAAGGUCUUGUAGAAAUCAGUAAAGACGUCAAAGCACUAGCAGCAAAAGCUCGGGAGGGUAAACUUCAACCUCAGGAGUUCCAAGGUGGUACGAUUACAAUCUCCAACCUCGGCAUGUUCGGAGUGAAAAAUUUCUCUGCCAUUGUAAAUCCACCCCAGUCCAUCAUCCUGGCUGUGGGAACCACAGAAGCUAGGCUUAUUCCUGCCAAUAACGAACGAGGGUUCACCACUGCUCAAUAUAUGACUGUAACAGCUAGUUGUGACCACAGAACUGUAGACGGUGCAGUAGGUGCACAAUGGCUGUCGGCAUUGAAAAGCUUAUUGGAAAAUCCAUCGGCAAUGCUCCUCUAAAAAUAAGAGAUAUCGAAAAAAAAA